AUGAAGAAAAGACAAGUUACACAAACUACCUGCAGUGCAAAGCAGAUGCAAAAGAAGAGGAAAAAGGGUCCCUCUCCAGAUGAGAUUGAUGGGCCAUUAUUACAGAGACAAGUUCUGGCUAUUAAUGAUUCAGUUGAAGCACUGAAGAAAUCUUGUGCAUUGGAAGGAUGUUCUCUUCUUGUUAAUAGAGGGUUUGGUGAUAAUGAAUCUUUCGUGCUAAACUUGGCAGUCCAUUGUUCGCACGGUGUGUUUUUCCUUCGUUCCGUCCAUCUACCAUCAGAUGGAGACGAUGAAUCACAUGUUGUCGAACUAGUUGACUCUUGUAUUGAAGAAGUUGGAGAGAACAGUGUGGUUCAAGUUGUCACAGAUAUUAAUUCAAAAAUGUUGUCAGCAAGAAUGCUUAUUGAAAAGAGGCCCAAAAUGUUUUGGACUUACUGUGCUGCAGAUACCAUUGGCUCAAUGCUUGAAGACAUUGGCAAUAUUCGUUUGAUCAGAAAAACAAUUGCUAAGGCAAGCCAGUGGGAUCUAGUUCAUGUUGGGAUCAGUUAUUACACCACUUGUUUCUUAAACUUGAAGAGCAUUUAUGACAAGAGGAUUGAGUUGAAGGGUAUGUUUAUUUCCAAAGAAUGGGAGGACAGCAAAUGGUCAAAUGGAGCUGCGGGCAAGAAAUUCUAUAACCUAGUAGUUAGUAAUGAGUUCUGGCAUGGGGUGCUUUAUACUAUAAACAGUUUUGAGCCACUAGUGGAUGUUCUGAGUAGGAUGGGUGGCGGCGGACCCUCUAUGGGGUACAUAUAUGGUGAGCUUGCAAAGGCUAAAAUAGAAAUUGCCCUGUGUUUUGAGAACAAGGAAGAACAUUAUUUGCCAAUAUGGGAUUGUAUAGAUUUCAGAUUAAAUUAUGCCCUUAAGACACCAUUGCACCUAGCUGUUUUUUAUCUGAAUCCAUUCUUCUACUAUCAAUCCAAAGAUGAAAUUGAAGAUGCGGGAAUCUUCGGAGGUGCAGUUGUUGACUGUAUACAUAAAAUGUACCAAGAUGAACCUACACAAGAGAAAAUUGUGCAUCAAUUGAAUCUUUACAGAACUGGGUCACAGAGUUUCAAAACAGCUCAUGUCAUUCAUACUAAAAUGAAUCUCGAUCCAGUUUCUUGGUGGGAAUUACAUAGCGGUGCAGCAAAGGAGUUGAGCACAAUGGCGAUGAAGUUGUUGAGGUUAACUUGUGGCUCACUGGCAUAUGAGGAAAGUUGGAUCGAGAAGCUUCAUAUUAAGAAACCUUGUUGGGUUAAACGUAAGCAAUUUGAGGAUUCAGUGUUUGUGACGGUAAACAGGAUGAUACAAGGGAAAACUCAAAUGAGAAAUAGAGAUCCUGAACUUGCAUACAUUUCUGAUGAAGAUGAAACUUUUGAAUGGCUGAUGAUCGUAUGGCGUCGCCUAGGUGUCCGCCAUAAACACCUAGGCGUUGUUAAGGGGGUACGGCGCCGCGUGUCGCCGCAGCGCCUCAAAAACAAUGCUUCAACUGAAGAAGUGCAUGAGGAUUGUGAUGAAGAACCACCAAGCUGCUCCGGCAGCAAGAAGACAUCAUCCAGUGCCUCAUGCUCAAAGCGAGUGAAGAGGCCACGGUCUGGGAAAGGAUUUCUAUGGGACAAUAAGCGCGAGGGAAGCGAUGGAGAAGUCAGCCACUGUGCUCUAUUGAUGUUGUAUGGGUUGUUGAUUUCUUUUAUGAUCCCUGAACUGCUAGAUGUUACUACUGACUUUGGAUAUUGUUAA